GCUCCCGUAUGGCCAAGCUGUUCUCGGCAGGCAGAACUCGGUAUAACACCCUGGAACAAACUCCGAACAAAGUUGACGUGUCUAUUUCGGACAUUUGCGAUCGCACAUGCAGAUCCUCUGGGUUGUGAAACUGUAAAAAUCAUGCCCUUUUUGGAAUUCAUAGCUGGGAGCAUUUCAGGUGCGGUGGGAAUGGUAGUCGGACAUCCGUUAGACACUGUGAAGGUGCGUCUGCAGGCCCAGUCUGUGUACAAAGGAAUAUUUCACUGUGUGGCUAAAACAUACUCUCAUGAAGGGCUCCAUGGAUUCUUCAAGGGCAUGUUGUUUCCAGUGCUAACCACUGGCAUCACCACCUCUGUUAGCUUUGGCUCAUACAAUAAUGCCUUAGAUUACCUCACUCAAUCCCAUUGUGGGAAACCAGCCUCUGCUGCACAGUUCUACACUGCUGGAUGCUUUGCAGGCCUGGCACAGGUGUUUGUUUCUGCACCCAUUGACCUGGUGAAGGUGCGUCUGCAAGGUCAAACAACUUCUGACCGAUACCAUGGACCCAUUCACUGUGUUGCUGUCAUCCUGAAGGAGGAGGGACCCAGGGGUCUGUUCAGAGGAGGACUGGCUCUCGCCAUGAGGGACGUACCCUGUUUUGGACUCUACUUUUUGCCUUAUGAGGUCAUUCGAAAUGCCCUGACUGAGAGUGGCAAACAGCCAGGUACAUUUGCAAUAUUGAUGGCAGGUGGCGUGGCGGGUGUGGUAACCUGGGCCUGUGCCACGCCCAUGGACGUGGUGAAAGCUCGGCUCCAGAUGUCAGGGGCCGGUGGCCGGGAGUACAGGGGCGUCCUGCACUGCAUAACAGUGAGCGUCAGAGAAGAGGGAAUGAGGGUCUUAAGCCUCCGGCUAGACAGCGUGAGGGGAUUCCCUGUCAAUGCCGUCACCUUCUUCAGUUAUGAGAGUCUGAUGAAGAUUUUCUGUCCACCAUUGAGGUGACAUCACUCUUGACCAGCGGCGGAUACACAAGGGACCAUGGGGAGAAGUCACUCUCUCUUUCAUCACAAGGUGUGAUUUGGAAGUCCAUUUCCUGAGCUUAAUUUUUAGUAAAUACCAUAGUUUAUAUUUAGUGUUUGAAUUUAUAACAUGUAGGGAGUGAGUUGUGGGGACUGUAGCCUUACAAGGGCACUUUCAGACACUGUGAGGACUGAUUAGCAAGUACAACACUUAGCUGGCAGUUUCUGCAGUAAAUCUUAUUUUGUGAAGGUGAUAAUAUUCAGUUUGUCAGAUGUUUUGAUUGGUUCAACCGAAUGAAAAUUUUGGAGGAUGUAGUUGGUGCUGCUGUUGAUAUGGAGGCAGCUGCUAUUGAAUGCAGUGGCUCAGGAGGUAACGUGGUAACUUUCCAGGGGGAAGGUUGGUGGUUUGAUUCCCAUUCCCCCUCCUCCGUGUCAAAGCAUAAGACACUGAACUCCAAGUAGCUGCCAGGGCAGUGUUGUCUUGUGUGUGUAAAUAUCCCCAUUGCGGGACUAGUAAAGGGGUGGUUAUUACAACUAUCUACACUACCAAUCAAAAGUUUGGAUCCAGUAUUUGACCACAAGGUCCUUUCAUAUCUCGACUGCUGUAGGUCACUAGUUGGACUGGUCUGCAUUGCAAAUCACAACAAAAGGAAUUUCAAAAGUGGUAUUUCCAGCUUUUCAGUGAGGAAAUGCAGAAGACUGGGCAGGAGGAAGAUACAGAGAGAAAUGGAAAAGAGAGUAGGUAGGAGAGACAGAGAAGGACAAAGCCACAGGAGGGGAUGAGGAAACUGGAGAAGAAGAAAUGAUUGUU